GCAGUUAUUUGCUCUGUUUACACAGGUGCUGAGAAAGAUAUCCCCUCAUACUUUACACAGUUACCAAGACAACAAUGCCAGGAAAAAUCAAUAAUCAAAAUUUGAUAGUGCCUGCUUGUAAUCAGAAGAAAAAAAAAAAAAGAACACCUUGGUUUAUAAAAGCAGGUGAAAUCCGUCCAAAAGACUGAUUCAACACAAUGUUGGCGUUUCUGGUUCUCCUGUCUGUGGCCUUAGCAUCUGCUCACCUUCAUGAUGAGCACUUUGAAGGUGACAAAGUGUUCCGGGUUGAUGUUGAAGAUGAAAGUCAUAUCAACUUACUGAAGGAGUUGGUGAACACCAUGCAGAUUGACUUCUGGAAGCCAGAUUCUGUCACACAAGUCAAGCCACAGAGCACAGUUGACUUCCGUGUAAAAGCAGAAGAUGUUUCCAUCGUGGAAGACUUUCUGGAGCAGAAUGAACUCCCAUCUGAGAUAUUGAUAAACAACCUGAAAUCUCUGUUGGAGGACCAGUUUGACAGCCGGGUCCGUGCGACUGGACACAGUUAUGUCAAGUACAACAAAUGGGAAACGAUAGAGGCUUGGACUCAGCAAGUCGCCAAUGAAAACCCAGACCUCAUCUCUCGUAGCAUUAUCGGAACCACAUUUGAAGGACGCAAUAUGUACCUCCUCAAGGUUGGCAAAGCUGGAUCAAAUAAGCCUGCCAUUUUCAUGGACUGUGGUUUCCAUGCCAGAGAGUGGAUUUCCCCUGCAUUCUGCCAGUGGUUUGUGAGAGAGGCUAUUCGAACCUACGGGCAUGAGAUCCACAUGACAGAACUUCUAGAACAGUUGGACUUUUACAUCUUGCCUGUGGUCAAUAUUGAUGGCUACGUCCACACCUGGACCAAGAACCGAAUGUGGAGGAAGACCCGCUCCACCCAUCCUGGUUCUAGUUGCAUUGGCACAGACCCCAACAGAAACUUUGAUGCUGGUUGGUGCCAAAUCGGAGCCUCUCAUCAGCCAUGCGAUGACACUUACUGCGGCCCUUCUGCAGAGUCUGAGAAGGAGACCAAGGCUCUGGCUGACUUCAUCCGCAACAACCUCUCCUCUAUCAAAGCCUAUCUGACCAUCCACUCAUACUCCCAGAUGAUGCUUUAUCCUUACUCCUAUGACUACAAAUUGACAAAGGACAAUGUUGAGUUGAAUACCCUGGCAAAGGCCACUGUGAAGGAACUGGCCACUCUGCAUGGCACCAAGUACACAUAUGGCCCAGGAGCGACCACAAUCUAUCCUGCUGCUGGGGGCUCUGAUGACUGGGCUUAUGAUCAAGGAAUUAAAUACUCCUUCACGUUUGAGCUCCGGGAUAAAGGACGCUAUGGCUUUAUCCUCCCGGAGUCCCAGAUCCAGCCGACAUGUGAGGAGACCAUGUUGGCCAUCAAGCAUGUGGCUGCCUACGUCCUGGACCAUCUCUACUAGUGGGAAAGGCAGACAGCCUCGUCUCCCAUGCUUGCGGCUUCUUUUCUGUCCUCAAUUCUUAUUUGUGUUUACCUGGAUGUCUUCCAGAUACUGAUCUUUCUCUGAAGCUUCUGAGUCUAUUACAUACAUGGGGGUCUUUUCAUAUUGAUCACAAUA